GUCUCGAGAGGGCGAGGCUGGUCGACCCGGGCCUGUUCCGAACGAGCCUGAUCGGGCGGACCUGAUCUGUGUGGGCCUGAUUGAUACGGGCCUGAUCUACUCGGGUCUCGAGAGGGCGAGGCUGGUCGACCCAGGCCUGUUUCGAACGAGCCUGAUCGGGCGAGGCCUUAUCUACUCAAUCCUGAUCGGUGUGGGCCUGAUCUGUGUGGGCCUGAUUGAUACGGGCCUGAUCUACUCGGGUCUCGAGAGGGCGAGGCUGGUCGACCCGGGCCUGUUCCGAACGAGCCUGAUCGGUGCAGGCCUUUUCUACUCGAGCCUGAUCGGUGCGGGCCUGAUCUGUAUGGGCCUGAUUAUACGGGCCUGA